CCCACAAGUGACACACAGUGAGAAAGAGAGAUCGAAACAAUGGCAGCUAAAAAACGACCGUCAACGGCGGCGCCGGCGACCGUGAAUCAACCGGAAUCAUCCAUAAACACGGAAAAGCCUAAAUCCGGUGACUCCUCACCGGAACCUCCUAUAGCGCCGGCGAAAGUUUACUUAAUUUUCAAAAUCUCUUUGAUAUUCUUAAUCCCAUACUUCUACUUGAUAUUUUACCACUACAAAAUCGAAUCGGAGCUCCGACGAUCGAUUCUCAUCAAUGCAAUUGUUAGCUUGAUAGGAUUCUUCGUCACUGUUACUAUGAUUCCUGUUGCCUCUAAGUACGUAUUGAGAAGGAAUUUAUUUGGAUAUGAUAUCAACAAAAAAGGCACUCCUCAAGGCUCUGUCAAAGUACCUGAGUCACUAGGCAUUAUUGUUGGGGCAGUGUUCUUGGUCGUGGCAAUCUUGUUUCAAUAUUUCAACUUCACAGCUGAUUCAAAUUGGCUUGUUGAGUACAAUGCUGCAUUAUCUUCAAUCUGCUUCAUGAUGCUACUUGGGUUUGUGGAUGACGUCCUUGAUGUACCUUGGAGAGUGAAACUGCUAUUACCCUCCAUUGCAGCUCUUCCAUUGUUGAUGGCAUAUGCUGGGCAUACAACUAUUAUUAUACCGAAACCCCUUGUAUCAUAUGUUGGAUUAGAGAUCUUGGAUCUAGGAUGUAUCUACAAAUUAUAUAUGUGGCUAUUGGCAAUAUUUUGCACAAAUUCAAUCAAUAUCCACGCUGGUAUCAAUGGCCUUGAAGUUGGGCAGACAGUCGUUAUCGCAGCUGCUAUUUUGAUACACAACAUCAUGCAAAUUGGAGCAUCUGCUGAUCCUGAAUACAAACUAGCCCAUGCUUUUUCUAUUUACCUUGUUCAGCCAAUGCUUGCUACUUCCUUGGCUUUACUAUCAUACAACUGGUAUCCUUCCUCAGUUUUCGUUGGUGAUACCUUUACAUAUUUUGCUGGAAUGACCAUGGCAGUGGCUGGAAUCUUGGGUCACUUUAGUGAAACACUGCUUAUAUUCUUUUUGCCGCAAGUUCUGAACUUCCUACUAUCAGUACCUCAGCUUGCUGGUAUUGUACCUUGUCCAAGGCAUCGGCUCCCUAAGUUCGAUCCUCAGACUGGCUUAUUGACCGGAACAAAUGAUGGGACGCUAGUGAACCUUUUCUUAAGGCAAUUGGGCAGAAUGUCAGAACAGUCCCUUUGUGUCGUGCUACUAGUCUUCCAGGCCCUGUGCUGUGGCUUCUGUUUUCUGCUGAGAUGGCUCCUUACGGGUUGGUACAAAUGAAGCUGUGAUACGAGAUCAGCUAUUUCAAUAGGCGAAUUCCAUCAGAACAUUAACUUAAACCUUCAUGAAGAGGUUUUUAUUUUAUGAAGAAACGACGAUACCAUAUUUUGAAGAAAGUGACAGCCAUAUACAUUCAUGC